AGCAAAUUCACCUUCAUUGUAUAAUUACAAAGCCAUCCACCGCUGCAAUGUUACCACUGCAUUCAAGUAUUUUUACUACUUAGAAGGUGCUAGAACCACUAUAAGUACUAGCAUGAAUUACAGAAAUAGCUUCAAUUUGUUCUACUAGUUGUUCUUCGGGUGCGAAAUUGAGUGGGAUGCUAUAAGAAGAUCAAGGUUUCGUUUUGAUUGAACCUCUGGUUUUCAGGUGACAGUUUAGCUGGGCUUAAUUCCUCUCCGCUGAGGUGAAGUAAGAAUUGAACCUGAUUUCUCAAUUGGCAGGCAGAUAGAAGGAUGGGGGAGAGUUCUUCUAUAGAUAUUGAGAAUCUCAGAGGAAAGCUUCCUCCGAGCUUGAAUCCAUUCUCAACUUCUUGUAUUUACAGAGUGGACAAAAGAAUUCGCAAAAUAAUGGAAGAUGCCUACACCCCGGAUACGGUCUCCAUCAGCCCUUAUCACUCUGAUCUCAACAAGCAAAAUUUGCAAAUGCAAGACAUGGAACACCUUAAGAAGCGAUACGUAAAGGCAUUGGUUGAUCGAAAGAGAACCACUCUGGAAGAAUGUGUGAAAGCUCUCGAGGAGUUAGAACUGUAGCCCGUGACUGUUACUCAGAGCCCACGAAAUUAGGUACCAAAGAAAACUUUGUAGAAAUUUUUCUCUUUGAUGGCUUGUUCAUCAUUGAGUUAUUUCGGAAAUUUUCCCAUGUUGUUGAGACAGAUCGAAAUGAUCCCAUAUUCAAUUCCAAUCUAAUGAGAACAAGGGUUGUCCGUGACUUGUUAUUGCUUGAAAACCAAAUACCCAUGUUAGUUCUUCAAACCUUAUUCGAUCUAAGUUAUGACCCUAAGUCUGAUAGAUUCCCACUCAUCAUAUUGGCUCUCAAUUUCUUCAAGGAUUUGGUAUCGUAUGAUAAGGACUAUUAUACUGGUCUUCAAAAUAUCGAGCCCACUGGGCACAAGCAUUUACUGGAUCUGUUAAGCUACGCACUUGAGAAUUCUCUUCCGGCAAUGGUCCUGUGGCCAGCAUCAAGGGGAGCACUAGAAUCUCUGCCAUGUGUGACGGAGCUCCAACAUUCCGGUGUUAAUUUCAGGAAGCGCCUCACCAGAAGUGGCUGGAUGGAUAUAGAGUUUAGAGAUGGAGUAUUUGAAAUCCCUACACUACGUGUUGAUGAAUACACAGAUCCCUUUUUCAGGAACCUUAUUGCUUACGAGCAACAUCGAUCUGGAGGUAGGCACUACAUAACAUCAUAUGCCCUUUUGAUAGAUAGUCUUAUUGACACUGCUGAUGAUGUGGCAUUUUUACGUCGCCAUAAAAUUAUUGUGAAUCACUUGGGUGACGAUAGUAAGGUCUCUUCUCUAUUUAAUAGUCUCUGCACUGAAGUUGUCACUAAUAACUUUUAUUAUAAGGAUCUUUGCGACGAUGUGCGUCAAUAUUAUUACUCGCCCUGUAACGAAUGGAAAGCGACAUGGAAGCGCGAAUAUUGCAACAGUCCAUGGACGAUCAUUCCAGUGGUUGCAGCAGUUUUUCUACUUUUUCUCACUGUUUGGGCUACCUUAUUUACCACCCUGCCUGUCUUCAAUGUUAAUUUCAAGCAUUAAUCUUGGAUAUUAGGUCUGCUAGGGCUCUAUAUCUAGUAUGGCCUUGAAUAGACCGGAUUAGAGGGCGAUGAUCUAUGCCGCGGAAUCCAUCUAGUUGUGUUCUACUAUGUUACUGUUUCUAGCUUUUUUUUCCCAUAUAUUUUUUCUUUUCUCUUCUUUGUCCUUGCUUGGAUCUAUGUAGCCGGCCCCAUUAAGUUGGGAUAAGACUUUGUUGUUGUUGUUUCUUUAGGACUUUACACCAUUGUGUGACCACAUUGCUGUAACUGCAACAUCCUUUAAUUUUGAAGUUAUUUUUGUUA